GAUGGCUUCGUUCUCGUAAAUGGAAUGUUAACAUUUGUGUUAGUCAAAUAAUACAGACACUUAAGUGGCGACAUGACUGGGGCGUUCAAGAGCUUAUAGCUAAUGGUGAAAGAGCUAUUUCUCAAGAAGAAAUUGCAACAGGCAAGACUUAUUUCAUGGGUCAUGAUAGAGUAGGUCGACCAAUUUGUUGCAUUCAUCCGAAAGAACAUAUCAAAGGCCAAUUUCCACACGAAUAUAGCGAGAAAAUGGCUGUAUUAUGUGUGGAAACCUAUCGCAAGCUGCUACAACCACCGAUAGAAUCUGUAACGAUCAUUGCUGAUAUGGGUGGUUGUGAAGCGAAGAAUUUCGAUCUCCAUCAGAUUAAAUUUGUUAUUACCCUAAUCGACAACUAUUAUCCAGAUUCACUUGGUCUUAUACUUAUUCUUAAUUGUCCUUGGAUAUUCGAUAAAAGUUGGAUGCUAAUUAAAUCUUGGUUAAGCCCAAGUGUGCAAAAAAAAGUACGAUUUAUUCAUAGUGCAGACGAAUUAGCCGAAUUUAUUGACCUAUCAGUUCUUCCGAAAAGAUUGUAUGGUACUCAACCGGAUUUUAAAUUCAUCCCACCGACGACUGAAGAUGAAGUUAUGUUUAAUGCUUUUCGGGCUGAUACGAAAGGCAAAGCAAUCGCUGAAGCAGCACAUUGGGAUGCUGUUCAAAAUUAUUUUAAUGUUAUUUUACAGUGGGCCAACGGCAAUGAAGAUGGCAAUAUAUUGUCAGAGAGAAAAGAGACUCGAAAACAACUUCGGCAUGCAUUUGAACAACGUUCUCCUUAUAUAAGUACGCGUACUCAUUAUCAUCGUGUUGAAGUGCUCAAAGAACCUAUUUUUCAAGUUGCAUACGAUAGACUUGUACAUAACAAAGAAGAGCCAAGUAUCACAUUCUUUUAA